CAAGAUGAUACGCUCAAGGAUGCAUUUCAAUGCUAAAAUACAAUAAUGACUUUCUAGAGUGUAAAGGGUUACGAAACCACUUUACACAAUGAUAUUACGGUUAAAUAGAUGCUAAAAGUCAGAUGCCUUUUAGCACGACGAAUGUGACUCAUUUCCAAUUCUCGAAAGAUUUUUACGUCCCUUUUUCUCAGAAUCACUGUAAAGACAUCUUUUUGAAGCGGGGUGGUAAAAUGAAAUGUUUCUUGAUAGAGCGUUGAAUUAACACUAAGAAGUUACUACAUGUGUGACCACAGCAUUGGUGGUCAUUGUUGUCAUUCGCAUAAAGCCGAUAAUUCCCCAUCGUUUAGCUUGUACUGGUUUAUUGAUACAAAUAAUGUAGAAUGUUUAAAUGAAUCUGUUUCUGGAAGUGGUAAACUUGUUUUCAAGCCUUAUGAGGAUCGUAAAGAUUCAACUGUUUAUGUUGAAAGUGAUGUUGAUCAGGAAUUGUUAUUUAAUAUACCGUUUACUGGAAAUAUAAAACUAAUGAGUAUUAUUAUUUCUGGUGCUGAUACCGAACAACAUCCAAGUCAAGUGUCGUUGUACAAAAAUAAACCUUUCAUGACAUUUGAAGAUUUAAGUGCUGAAUGUGAACAAUCACUCGAAUUAACUGUUGAUCCAAAUGGUGAAGUGAUAUAUCCAUUGAAAAUUUCACGAUUUUCUAAUGUGCAAACGCUGAGUUUACAUUUCAGUGCUAAUUACGGGGGUGAUACAACACGGAUUCACUACAUUGGCUUGCGGGGAGAUUAUACACCAGCACCGAGACGAGAAGCUGUUAUUACAAAUUACGAAGUAACUCCAAAUGUUUCCGAUUUAAAAGACAACAUAUUACAAACCCAGAGUCGUUUUGUUGAAUAAAUAUAAGUCUUUUGUUGUCACAUGUUUUUUCU